AUGGCGACGCGUGCCACAUCACCCAGCACGCAUAACUCGGGCAUUCCUGAUGGAGAGGAGCCAGUUAAGGCCGAAGGAGGGUCAGACCCAUCUGGUUCAGGGAACUGCAAGAGAGACUUGAAAUUCUGUUCAACGGAGACAGAUGAAGAAAAACCCGGGCCGAAGAAAACCCCCGAGGAACCGACCAAGGAACCCAUCCCGGAGGUCGAGCCGGCCGCGGUAGGGCCCGGAAAGGAGAUUGCAGAGGCACGACUGCCGCUGAAGGCCACGCUAGUCAAGGGCAUCAGCGAGCUUCAGCUGCUGCAGCUCGUGACCAACAUCGUGAACGCUGCUGCGGCCCGCAUACAGGCGGUGCAGGGCGACUCUCACCUCUCGGGCCUCGAAAAGGUCGGAUCGGUGCUGGUGGGCGUCAUCAACGACACGAUGCCCGGCGUCAAGGAAAUCGAGGACCGGACGGCCAAGCUGUACGGCGACAUAAAGGGCAUCAAGGCGGACAUGCUGACCGGCGAAAAGGCCGCGCUCAUAGCCACGCUGACGCUGGCGUACAAAGACGAUGUGGAGCUCAUCAUAUUCGAAAACUACUUCCCGGGCGUCCCCGAGAUCAUUACCAACUACCAAAAGGAGGUCGCCGAAUACAAGAGCUUGAAGGGCAACAUGUCGACGGCCGAGCGGAACGCCAAGAUUGCGUGGCUCAUCACCAAAGGGACCCUGCACACCAUCAACGACGUGGCUCGAGACUGGGUCCCCGGAGUCACGGAGGCCGAGGACAGCGUGCGGGACGAGUUCGUGCGCAUAAAGGCCAUGGCGGAAGACCCCAAGACCGACUUCUGGUCAGUCGCCGGCGAGUUUUUCUUGAACCCCUUCAAGAUAGCCGUCGAAGCCGUGCACAGCUUCGCGAAACACUAUGGCCCCGGCGUGGAGCUGGUGGAGAAGCUCACGAUAGCCGGGCCGGACGGCAAGAGCCCCUCCCCCAAGGACAAGGACAGCCCACCGCCAGACAUGGACGACGAGAUCACGGACAACGAGAUCGCGCACAGCGUCAAGCCCGUCGGCCUGCAGCCCCCGGCCGGGCUGUCCAAGUCCGACCUCGAGCAGUGGGGACCCUUCCUCAACAACAAGCUGGACCCGGAGGAAGCCGCCCAGUGCGUGCAGGGCAAGGUCGCCGAGGAGAAUAAAAAGCGGGUCAAGCACGGAAAGGACGCCUGGAGGAGCAAGCUGCCCCAGCUGUCGAAGCAGUGUUUCGAGGAGCUGUUCAGGGAUUUCUUAGGCAAGGGCAUGCAUCAAGGGUUUUGA